UCAUAAACUCAUUUGAAAAAGUGAUAGAAUGGCAUAAGGGUCUUUAUUUAACUAUGCUAAAAUAAUUAUUAAAGACCCUAGAUGCAAAAUUGUCAAUUAUUGAGUUAAAUGGAUUUUUAAAGGUAUUUAAAGGAUAAUUAAAGGAAGAGGCACUAUGGAUAGUGAUGAAGAAGACUGGCAAAAGCCUCUGGACACAUCAGGCUCAGACACAUGUUUGAUUGCUGUGAGCCCUUCAUCAGUACCAAGCUCUAAGAGUUGCUCUUCAAAAUAUUUGCAUAGCAGAGUGAUCAUUCAUAUUGAUAUUGACUGUUUCUACGCUCAAGUUGAAAUGCUGAGAAAUCCAGAGCUUAGGGAUAAACCUCUUGGUAUUCAACAAAAGUACAUUAUUGUUACAUGCAACUAUGUGGCUAGAGCUAGGGGUCUCACAAAGUUGAUGACUGUAAAAGAGGCGAAGUCAAAGUGCCCUGAACUGGUGCUGGUUUGCGGAGAGGACCUUACACAUUACAGAAACAUGUCAUAUAAAAUAUCAAGAUAUUUGCAAAGUUUUUGUCCACUUGCUGAGCGACUGGGUUUUGAUGAAAACUUUCUCGACAUAACAACUCUUGUUAAUGAACGUAUGCACAAGAGUGAUGCAGUAUCUUUGGAUGAAGUGUCAGGCCAUAUCUUUGCUGAUCAGGCUGUUGUUGGCACCUGCGACUGUGGUUGCACUCAAAGGCUGGUCAUUGGUUCCCAGAUUGCUGCGGAAAUCAGGGCUGGACUGCAGAGCGAGCUUGGGAUUACCUGCUGUGCUGGCAUCUCCCACAAUAAGUUGUUGGCGAAGUUAGUGGCCAGUUGCUUCAAACCAAAUCAGCAAACGGUUUUACUUCCAUGCCAUGCUCCUCAGCUGUUGUCUAAGCUUGAAAGUGUCAGGCAAAUUCCAGGAAUAGGUCAUGCAACUGCAAAGAAACUUCAAGAACUUGGUAUUGUGACUGUUGAUGACAUGCUGGAGGCAGACUUUCGUUUAAUUGAAGAUGCUUUUGGAAAUGUUGCCAUAGAAACCAUGAAAAAUCUCUGUCAAGGAGUAGACAACUCUCCAGUAGUGGUAUUCGGACCACCACAGACUAUUAGUGAUGAGGAUUCCUUCAAAAAGUGUUCAUCAUUGGCAGAUGCUCGAGUGAAGAUAUCACAACUUCUUCGCAGUAUUCUCUUAAGGUUGGUGGAGGAUGGGCGUAUCCCUCACACGCUGAGACUAUCUAUCCGGCGCAUGUCUGACACAAAUCGCUAUAGCAACAGGGAGAGCAGACAGUGUCCUAUACCGGGCAGCGUUUUCAACCGAUUUUCUGCAGGAACCAUACUACAGGUAGCAUCAAAAUUGGAGACUCUAGCAUUAGGUCUAUUCACCAAGAUGUUAAAUCCAGCACAAUCCUUUCACCUCACCCUUAUUAAUGUAGCUUUUACAAAGCUGGAAGGCAAGUCAGGGACAGACAUAGGUAGCUUCUUCGAAAGUCAAGAAAAACAAACUGCUGUGAAUCUAGUUGGACCUAAUUGUGUAGAUCAAGAUGUUUGUUUUCUAGAUAUGGGACAGAGUGUUGAAGAAAACCUGGAACCAUCCUUUAAAGUGAUUGACGGUUUUGAAAGUCGAAACGUAGGUACAUGUAUGCCAGACACUGUUGAGCUCGACCAGAGGAACAAUUUAUGUGCCGAACAAUUUAAGGACGGUAAGGAAGUAUUGGUUUCAGUUGGUCAUAAAGGUAAGCAACCAGUAAAAAGAAAAUCUUUAUUGAGCACCUGGUUAUCUUCCCCAGAAAAGACUGCAAAUAAUGCGAAGAAAAGAAAAGUUCCUAGUAGUGAUGGAACUGAUGUUUAUUCUGAUGCAUGUAGUAGAAAGUAUGUUAAACUUCUUUAUGAAGACAUAGAUAAAGAAAUGCUGGCUGGUUUACCAAAGGAUAUUCAGAAUGAAAUUACGGAGCAUGCGUUGCAUAACCGAAGUGCAUCAAAUAAAGAAUUGAAUUUGAAAGGCAUAUCUGAACAAUCUGUAUAUAUGAAACAACCCAUCAAUUUAAACGCUUCCAUUCCCAAUGGUUCCGUGAUAGAUGAACUACGUUCUCAUGAACUGUUAUACAUUCCUGCUGAUGUUGAUAGAUCCGUGUUUGCAGCAUUGCCUCCAGAGAUCCAACGUGAGAUGUCAAACGACUGGAAAAGACGAGAUAUAACCGUUAGCAAGAAUCAUGCUGAAAAAUGUGCCAUCCUUAAAACUGAUCAUGAACAUAAAAACCAAACACAAAAUCGUUAUAAAUCACGAUCGACAGAGAAAACAUCUAGUGACAUUUCAUCAUUUUUCAGAAAGCAUGUUUAGAGGUUUAAACAUUUCAAGCGACUUUGACGUUUUACAGGGUACAAACCGAACUUUAUGUUGAAUAAUUUGGAUUAUCAUGAGUUUGUUGUUGUUUUUGCGGCGAUUGAAAAGAAUGUGGUCACUUAGUUUACAUGUCUCCGCAUAGUGCUGUCAAAUGGCCGUUUUAGUGAUAUAAAUCAAUUCUGCUAAUUGCUAUUUUAGUCAUGAAAAUUAACGCCUUUUGUUCAAUAGUCGGAUUUGUUAAUUGACACGAAAAUGUUGAAGUAAAAGAUUGUUAUUCAAUAUUAAACAUCAAGAUUUCAAAAUAAAAAAGUAUCCGUUA